GUGACGUCAUCAAUAAGCGACGCAGCCGCACAUGGCAGCCUGCAGAAGAUUUGACGGCACUUUCUAAGGGUCAGCAUGGCCAGACAGUGGUCUGAGGGCCACUCCUCAUCCAUCUUGUGUGUUGGGGCAUCUCAGGGUCCUGAGGGUCUCCUCGCUUCAGGCUCUGAGGGUGGUGAAGUCACAGUCUGGAGCCAAGAGGGAACCAUCAUAGGCCGACUCACUCUUCCUGGCAAGGAUGAUUGCACAAGUGUUGUGUUUACAUCUGCAGCCCCAGCUCAGUUGUACGUGUCACAUGGAGAUGCUGUGAGUGUGCUCGAUCCCCGAAACCUGAAAGGACCUGUGGAGGAGUUUCAAGGUGCGGGAGAGGAGGAGAUCAAUGCCUUGGCACUAAAUGAAACAGGAUCAGCCCUGGCAGUGGCCGAUGACUCUGGUGCAGUCCGGGUACUGGAGCUUCCUGGAGGAAAAGUGUGCAGAACUCUACGAAGGCACACAAACAUCUGCUCAUCUGUGGCCUUUAGACCACACAGGCCCAAUAAUCUACUAUCUGCUGGACUGGACAUGCAGGUGAUGCUUUGGGGUCUGCAGAAGACACGCCCUCUUUGGACCAUAAACCUCCAGGAUGUAGCAGAAGAAGAAGAUGAUCAUCAUCAGCGUCCUGGUCAGCUUUUCAAUCCCCCUUUGGUUCACUGUGUUUCUGUGGCGACUUGUGGAAACAUUGUGGGUUGUGCUGCAGAGGACGGGCGUGUGCAUCUGAUGCGCAUUGGAAGUGGCUCUAAACUGGAACAGCAGGGAGCAGUUGAAGCCCACAGCCAGGGGGCCUCACAAGCCCACUUUAUUAGCUUCCUCUCCCACCCAUACUGGCUUGUGACAGGGGGGAAUGACGGCCAGGUUGCCUUGUGGGAACUCAGUAAGCACCCGGUGGUGUCUCCAGAGUUAAAAGCCAAAGGGACAGCAGCACCUCGCAGGAAGAGUAAGAGCAAAGCAAAGAGGAAAGAACAAUCCAGAGACAAAGCAAAGACCCCAACAAAGGCUGAAGCUGAUAAAGAGGAAGCUGAAGGGGAGGAUGAAGUGGCUGCAGCAGGGGCAGAGAAGGUGACAGAGGAGAAGUCCGGGCCCAAACUCAGCAUCAGUCACGGGGACAAGGUGAACUGGUUGUGCCCCGCUGUGCUGAAAGGGGAGCCCAGUGUAGUGGUCGCAGAUCAGAGCACCAGUCUGACAGUUUACCCUCUGUCUCCACUAUAGCGUCACACACUUUAUGACCUAUUGAUGUAUUUUGUUCUGAUCAUAGCUGUGUGCCAUUUUGAUUUUUCCAGAAUUUUCAUUUUCAAGCUUUAAUUGAGCUCUUUAAGAGAGUACCCUCCUAAGUUUGAUGCAGUUUGAGCCGUUACCAUCAUAAAUUAGACCAUGAUCUACUUAUUGGCAGUAUACCUUAACAUUUUAUUGCCUCUCUUUUAAUAAAACUUGAACUGUGAGGGAAGAAACUAUCAAAAGCCUCUGUUGAAAACCAUUUAUCUUUAUAGGAGACAAAAGUUUAAAGAGCCCAAUCUAAGUUUUUAGACAGUAUAUAACAGUAUAGAGUAUGCUCAUAGAAUGUCAUAAUGUGCAUGUUCUACUGACUAGAUGUUUUUAAUGAAGGCUGCUGUGUGCGUGUGGUCCUGUAGAAAAUCCUUUGAAAUAUGUGUGGCAGUGAAUGCAUUUUUAAAGGGUUUAAAGUUCCCACAUCAUACAGAUAGAAUCUGUUUGAACAGCCUGAGAGUAAAAAACCGGCAUCUCAGUCCAAACCAGAUGAGACAGAAUUUGAGUAAAUUGAAAGCACUUCACAAUGCAUUGAAAAAAAAAAUGCUUCCUCUGGUGUUAGACACUCCAAACAUUAGAUAAUGAAACAAUCUAGGCAUCUUUGGGGAACUUACUCUCCAAACCUUGUAAUCGGACACAUAAUAUGAUGUACGGUUAUUAUUUCUAUUUGUAUUUGCUGAUGAUUAAACUACAUUUGCUGCUUA